AACUAUUGGACUAUACCCGGUCUCAAAAUGGAGGUAAAACCUCCGCCCGGUCGCCCCCAGCCCGACUCCGGCUGUCGCCGCUGCCGCUGGGGGGAGGAGGGUCACGAUCCCAAGGAACCAGAGCAGUUGAGAAAGCUGUUUAUCGGUGGUCUGAGCUUUGAAACUACAGAUGAUAGCUUAAGAGAACAUUCUGAGAAAUUGGGCACACUUACAGAUUGUGUGGUGAUGAGAGACCCCCAAAAAAAACGUUCCAGGGGCUUUGGUUUUGUGACUCACUCUUGUGUUGAAGAAGCGGAUGCAGCAAUGUUAGCUCGACCACACAAGGUUGAUGGGCGUGUAGUGGAGCCAAAGAGAGCUGUUUCUAGAGAGGAUUCUGUAAAGCCUGGUGCCCAUCUAACAGUGAAGAAAAUUUUUGUUGGUGGUAUUAAAGAAGAUACAGAAGAAUAUAAUUUGAGAGACUACUUUGAAAAGUAUGGCAAGAUUGAAACCAUAGAAGUUAUGGAAGACAGGCAGAGUGGAAAAAAGAGAGGAUUUGCUUUUGUAACUUUUGAUGAUCAUGAUGCAGUUGAUAAAAUUGUUGUUCAGAAAUACCACACUAUUAAUGGGCAUAAUUGUGAAGUGAAAAAGGCCCUUUCUAAACAAGAGAUGCAAUCUGCUGGAUCACAAAGAGGUCGUGGAGGUGGAUCUGGCAACUUUAUGGGUCGUGGAGGAAACUUUGGAGGUGGUGGAGGUAACUUUGGCCAUGGUGGAAACUUUGGUGGAAGAGGAGGCUAUGGUGGUGGAGGUGGUGGCAGCCGAGGGAGUUACGGAGGAGGUGAUGGUGGAUACAAUGGAUUUGGAGGUGAUGGUGGCAACUAUGGCGGUGGUCCUGGUUAUAGUAGUAGAGGAGGUUACGGUGGUGGUGGACCAGGAUAUGGAAACCAAGGUGGUGGAUAUGGUGGCGGUGGUGGAGGACAUGAUGGUUACAAUGAAGGAGGAAAUUUUGGAGGUGGUAACUAUGGUGGUGGUGGAAACUGUAACGAUUUUGGAAAUUAUAGUGGACAACAGCAAUCAAAUUAUGGACCCAUGAAAGGGGGUAGUUUUGGUGGAAGAAACUCGGGCAGUCCCUAUGGUGGUGGUUAUGGAUCUGGUGGUGGAAGUGGUGGAUAUGGUAGCAGAUAUGGUGGAAGUGGUAGCAGAAGGUUCUAAAAACUCAGAAGAAAAGGGCUACAGUUCUUAGCAGGAGAGAGAGCGAGGAGUUGUCAGGAAAGCUGCAGGUUACUUUGUGACAGUCGUCCCAAAUGCGUUAGAGGAACUGUAAAAAUCUGCCACAGAAGGAACGAUGAUCCAUAGUCAGAAAAGUUACUGCAGCUUAAACAGGAAACCCUUCUUGUUCAGGACUGUCAUAGCCACAGUUUGCAAAAAGUGCAGCUAUUGAUUAAUGCAAUGUAGUGUCAAUUAGAUGUACAUUCCUGAGGUCUUUUAUCUGUUGUAGCUUUGUUUUUUUCUUUUUCUUUUCAUUACAUCAGGUAUAUUGCCCUGUAAAUUGUGGUAGUGGUACCAGGAAUAAAAAAUU